AUGAGGGCUGGAAGCUGGUGGAAUCCCCUGUUGCUGCUGGUCUCCCUGGUUUUGGUGAUCAAUUUGGCCCAUUUUCAGAGGUGGGAGGGCUUCCAGGAGAAGCCCAUGAGCAAGCAAAACAUGAAUGGAACACUCAAUUUUUUAAUUCAGAGCUACAACAAUAUCAGCAAUGACAGCUACUUAUUUCGAAUUGACAAGCUACUUCGAACUCAGAUGCAGUUGACAACUGGAGUGGAGUAUAUAGUAACUGUGAAGAUUAGCCGAACCAAAUGCAAGAGAAAAAGCAUGAAAAAUCAUUCCUGCCCCAUUCAAAGCAAGAAAAAGCUAAAAAAGAGUUUCAUUUGUGAUUUUUUGAUAUACACUGUGCCUUGGAUGAACUAUUACCAACUCUGGAACAAUUCUUGUCUGGAAGGCUAA